AUGAUACAGGGAAGCAAACGUGUGUAUGACGGUGAGUCGGGUAGCUACUCUGACGAAUCUGAAGAUGAAAUCGAGUCUAUAGAUGAAAUCGAGUCUAUAGAGGAAAUCGAGUCUAAAGAUGACAUCAAACCAGUUGCAAAGCCAGAUAUAAAGAGCUUACCAGGCUUUCUGCCUACCGAUGUAACACUGGUGGUCGAGGAAACACAACUUUAUGUUAAUAAAGAUUUACUCUCAUCAGCUUCACCUGUAUUUGAUGCUUGGCUUAAGAAAGAGUGGCAACAAGACGAGUGCACUGACGACACAAAAAGGGAGCUAAACUUCCCUAGAAAAAAAUAUUAUGAGAUGGUCACAUUCCUAAAAUGUCUUAUGCCAAUUUUCGCUGACCAAGUUACAACUGCAACACUGGCAACUGUACUCCCAUUAGCAGAUGAAUAUCAGACAGAAAACUUGCUCAAAGAAUGCGAAGAAGUCCUCCGGAAGCACGUUGGGUCUGUCUCCGAGAGGGAUAUAUAUAUACCACCAUCGCAGGUCGUCACAUACCUACGCUGGAUCGAACAAUAUAAUCUCAACAAAGUUGAAAAAUGUGUUGUGAGAUUAGCUUCGUUCCUAAAAACUGUAGAGGUACAGGCAGUUCCAGACUACAUAAAUGUCAGCAAAAGACUUCAACUGGAUGUAUCUAAUGCCAGAGCCACGCUGCUUGAUGGUCUAAUGGUGUUCAAUGUAACAGAAGCUGCAAGAAAAAUAAAGGAAUUCCAAAUCCCUCUCUCUACGUGCUAUAUGACUGAAUGGAAAAGAAAUGUAGAAGAAAUUGUGAAUAUCUAUCUAGCAUUAUCAACACUACCAGACGAUGCUUUUUCAAGUAAACGGUGGAGCAUCCCAGCGCGUGAAUUUUUGGAACGUAUUGACUUUUCCUCGAUUGCGUACAAGUCGCAGUACAAACCAACGAUUGGUGCUAAUGACGCAUGUAAAUAUUUACGUGAUACAUUCAAACUCUCGAAAAUCCAAAGCAAAGCUUGGAACUAUUUAAGUAACUGCAUACUUACGGUGGAUAUUUCCAAUAAUCUUUGAUCAGUACAUUAUUCGAAACAUAACCGAUAAUGCACGUGCUAGUAAAGAACGACACUUGCUUGGAAUUUGCUUUAAAUCGUGAAUUUAAACAUUUGUAUACAGACUGUAUACAUAUAAAAUAUUCGCAUCAGGUACUCAAAUCAUAAAACAUUUACGUCUUAUGAUGAAGUGACUAUAUCAUGAUGCGUUGGUCUGUUUGUUUGAUUGUAACUAUAAACGAAGUGUUUCUCCUGACUCUUGAUAUGUAAGAAACAUGUGUCUUAUACUUAGCAUUUAUAUGGGGCACGUCUCUCUCUUACCCUGUACAGGUGUAUACACACACUUGCCGUUGUAAGAUAUACUUUGCUCUUACCCUGGACAGGUAUAUCCACACUUGCCGUUGUAAGAUAUACUUUGCUCUUACCCUGUACAGGUGUAUACACACACUUACCGUUGUAAGAUAUACUUUGCUCUUACCCUGGACAGGUAACUCCACACACUUGCCGUUGUAAGAUAUACUUUGCUCUUACCCUGGACAGGUGUAUACACACAUUUGCCGUUGUAAGAUAUAAUUUGCUCUUACCCUGUACAGGUGUAUACACACUUAUGCCCAGUGUGAGAUAUCCUUGUCACUCCCUAGAAUUGAGACGGGGGUUCCCCUAUUCAAAACAAUGGUAUGACGUCACGUCAACCAUGCAAUGACGCCACGUCAACAAUGCAUCAACGUCACGUCAACCCUGAAUUUAGCCUGAAAGGUUGACACUACAAUAUGCAUCUGAUACACAGAUUAAGAGAAAAAGAAUAAUUCACCCCCUUGAGGGUGAGCUGGGGGAAUGUCAACCCUCGAUAAAAAAAA